GCUCCGGGCCGAUCCCUGCCGGCAGAGAAGCCGGGUGCCGGGGUCGCGCCGAGCAGCUGCGGCCCGUCCGCUCGGUGGAGGUCGAGUCCAAGGUUUGGAACCGGGGCGGCGGCAGCAGAGUCCACGCUGUCCACAUGGACGCGCCGGGGGACCCAGAGGGCCCACGCCCACCAGGAGGUGAUGGCCCUGCUGGAUGUGCCAGAGAAACACGCAGGCGAUUCUCAAGGGAACAGCUUUAUGUACUGAUAUCUGCAGCUUCUGUGAACUUAGGUUCCAUGAUGUGCUAUUCUAUCCUGGGACCCUUUUUCCCCAAAGAGGCUGAAAAGAAGGGAGCCAGCAAUACCGUUAUUGGUAUGAUUUUUGGAUGUUAUGCUUUGUUUGAGUUGCUGGCAUGUUUGAUAUUUGGAAACUAUAUUAUACAUAUUGGAGCAAAAUUUAUGUUUGUAACAGGAAUGUUUGUCUCGGGAGGAGUUACAGUUCUCUUUGGUUUAUUGGAUCAAGUUCCAGAAGGCCCAAUAUUUAUUACUAUGUGUUUUCUAGUGAGAGUAAUGGAUGCGAUAAGCUUUGCUGCAGCAAUAACCGCAUCAUCUUCUAUCCUUGCCAAAGCUUUUCCAAAUAAUGUGGCUACAGUAUUGGGAAGUCUUGAGACCUUCUCUGGACUGGGACUGAUAGUGGGUCCUCCUGUUGGUGGCUUUUUGUAUCAAUCCUUUGGCUAUGAGGUGCCUUUUAUUUUUCUGGGUUGUUUAGUUCUGCUAAUGGUACCACUCAACAUGUAUAUUUUACCCAAUUAUGUGUCCGAUCCAGGUCAGCACUCUUUCUGGAAACUGAUCUCUUUACCCAAGAUUGGCUUUAUAGUUUUCACCAUCAACUCGCUCAGCUCGUGUUUUGGCUUCCUUGAUCCUACUCUGUCUCUCUUUGUUUUGGAAAAGUUUAAUUUACCAGCUGGAUAUGUGGGACUGGUAUUCCUGGGUUUGGCACUAUCCUACGCCAUUUCUUCACCACUGUUUGGCCUACUAAGUGAUAAGAUGCCUCAUCUAAGGAAAUGGCUUCUGGUUUUUGGAAACUUAAUCACAGCAGGGUGCUACAUGUUCUUAGGACCUGUCCCAGUUUUGCACAUAAAAAGUCAGCUCUGGCUUCUGGUGCUGGUAUUAGUUGUGCAUGGCAUCUCUGCUGGAAUGAGUAUAGUUCCGACUUUCCCGGAAAUUCUCAGCUGUGCAUAUGAAAAUGGAUUUGAAGAGGGAUUAAGUACACUGGGACUCGUAUCAGGUCUCUUUAGUGCAAUGUGGUCCGUUGGUGCUUUUAUAGGACCAACAUUGGGUGGAUUUCUAUACGAAAAAAUUGGUUUUGAAUGGGCAGCAGCUUUACAAGGCCUGUGGGCUUUGAUAAGUGGAUUAGCCAUGGGCUUAUUUUAUAUACUGGAACACUCAAGGAGAAGAAGGAGAUCUAAAUUUCAAAACGUCCUCAGCACCGAGGAUGAACAAACUGCUCUCUUGCCUCAUGAACUCUAGCUUGAUGAACCCUGGAUUGAUACAAAGUUGGAAGGUGGAUGCUUCUGGCCUUGAACAUACUGCUGGAAACGUUUUCUUAAUUUUAUGCAGAGAACUCUGUGGACCCACACGGCAUCUUGGAAAUAUGAAUGUGUUUUUGGACUGUCCUGUGUUGGGUUUCACUUACUGUUGUCCCAAAAAGCUGGCCUGCUGAACCAGCUGUACUUGGAAACAUUAACGGAGAAGUAUAGAUGGAAACCAGCAAAAGUUUGUGUUCUUACGUGACCAAACUUGUCCUUGAAGAUGCUGUCAUCGACUCUAUUAGGUCUCUUAUUUCCUUUGUUUAUUUUUUAUUCGAAGUACAGUAAUUCUGUGAAUAAACCUUUUUUUGUUGUUACUGGGGAAAGAGAUGAAUUGAUUUGAUAGGCUCUUCUAAAUAUAUAAAGUAACUCAAAAUAUAUAUGAUAAUUACUCUGAAGUCAGUUUUUAAAAGAUAUACUUUGUGUCAUGAGACAAAGGCAAAA